AUGAAGUCUUUGAGUGUCCUUGCCGCGGGGCUGCUCGCCCUUGUUGGUUCCGCCGCCGCCACACCGAUCGAACAGCGCGCCGCCAACGUCAAAGGCUUUGACGUUUCAAAUCACCAAAAGUCGGUCGACUUCAACAAGGCGUACAAGGACGGCGCGCGCUUUGUCAUCAUGAAGGCCACCGAGGGCUCGACAUUCGUCGACCCCAACUUCAGCAAGUUCCACGCGGGGGCCACCAAGGCCAAGCUCAUCCGCGGCGGGUACCACUUCUGCCGGCCGGACGGGGCCCGGGCGUCGACGCAGGCGAGCUUCUUCCUCAAGCACGGGGGCGGCUGGUCCAACGACGGCAUCACCCUGCCGGGCAUGAUGGACCUCGAGGCGACCAACGGGCACCCGCAGUGCUACGGCAUGUCCGCCAAGGCCAUGGUCGCCUGGAUCGCCGAGUUCGUCGACACGUACCACAAGGCGACCAAGCGCUACCCCAUGAUCUACACGGGGCCGGCCUGGUGGAAGGCGUGCACGGGCAACAGCCAGGCCUUCAAGGACAAGUGCCCGCUCGUCCUCGCCCACUACGCCGGCGAGAUCGGGCCCCUGCCAGGCGGCUGGAAGAGGCACGCCAUCUGGCAGUACGACAACCACGCCCCCUGGGGAGGCGACUCGGACAGGUUCAACGGGGAUUCUGCGGCGCUGAAGAAGCUCGCCACGACCGGCUGAGGCGCGGGUGGGGGUUUAUUACUACAUGUACGUUAGUACCCGGAAGAGUGAGACUGAUCUCAACUGGGUGGCUUCCUUGGUGUCUU